AUGCUAUUUAACAGAUGGCUCUAUCGAAGUACUAUAGUCAGGAAGCAAUUAACAAGUCCCAGACUUAAAGCAUGGCGAUUGCCCGUGGGUUCGGCGCUCGCUGUACUGGCUGUAGCCUAUGGUACAUAUAAUUUGACGGGACUUCGACAUGCUACAGAUGAGCUCUCUCCUCUAUAUUUCAUACGCUACAAAAUAACACAGCAUAAAGACAUCGAUUCUUGCCAUUUUUUGCUAGAAUUGUCACCGUUAAAGGGACAGAAGGUUAAUUUGUGGUCAACUCUAAAAAAUGAGUUCAUUUGGUCCAUCGAAAUUAAACAACCUGAAAUAAUGAUUACAAGACGUUACACUCCAUUACCAAUGAGACUAAAAGGUAACAACGUUGAAUUACUUUCUCAGGGCGAUAAUAAUGAUGGGAGAUUAUUGUUGUAUGUGAAAGAAUAUAACACAGGUGAACUCACGAGAUGGUUAAGUUCAUUGCCAACGGGUCAUAUAGUAGAAGUUCGAGGCCCCUUUGUCGACUAUCAACUCAUUGAAAGCGGGAGGUAUGAUCAGAUUAAUUUUUUCACUGCGGGUACCGGUGUUACUAUCGCCUUGCAGUUCCUGUUAAAUAAGCAAAAUGAUCUUUCCUGUCCUAAAGUCAAAUGGUUUCAUUCUUGUAACACCAUCGCGGACCUGGGACCAUUAACUAAGCUUAUGGAUACCCAUAUGGCCGAAAAUUGCAAUAUCAGAUUGCAAAUACUACAAUCUUCUUUGAAUGAGGACCUGCGAUCUCCUUCUAUGGAAGCCUUUCAAGCAAUUCCAAUGUUUCAUCCACUAUCACAAAAUAAUGGAAUAUUGUCAAAGCGUGCAUUCUCUUUCGUGUGUGGACCUGAAGAAUAUAUCGCUACAGUAGCAGGAAAUAUUUUCUAUCCUUACCAAGGCCCAAUCGGCGGUAUUCUCAAGCUAAAAGGUUGGCCUUCCGAUAACGUUCGUAAACUUUCUUGA